CGAUACCAGUACGCUGCUGUGUUGUUUUUGUGUCCCGAGCUCUUUGGGAAAGCCUUUGGGAUUUCUUUGCCAGGCUGUCCCCUAGCGCCAGACGAGGGGACCCUAGAACCUUUCUGAUCGCUCUGCCGAGUGUUGCGGCGGGAGCUGGCAUUCCGAAGCGAUCCUGAUUCAUAUUGAAAUUUGGCGCAGGGAAGCAAUACGCGAGAGACGCGAUCUUCAGCCAGGGAGGCAGGCCCCGACCGGGGAAUCUCAGAAACCCUGCGGUCCAUCAUGAAGUUCCAGUAUAAGGAGGACCAUCCCUUUGAGUAUCGAAAAAAGGAAGGCGAAAAGAUCAGGAAGAAAUAUCCGGACAGGGUCCCAGUGAUCGUGGAGAAGGCUCCUAAAGCCAGAGUGCCUGAUCUGGACAAGAGGAAGUACCUCGUGCCCUCUGACCUCACCGUUGGCCAGUUCUACUUCUUAAUCCGGAAGAGGAUCCACCUGCGACCUGAGGACGCCUUAUUCUUCUUUGUCAACAACACUAUCCCCCCCACUAGUGCUACCAUGGGCCAGCUGUAUGAGGACAACCAUGAGGAAGACUAUUUUCUGUAUGUGGCCUACAGUGAUGAGAGUGUCUAUGGGAAGUGAGUGGUGACAGCCCAGCAGAUGGGAGCGCCUGGACUUGGGGGCUGGGGGUGGGGUGUGUGUGGGACUUAGGGCAAAAGAGGGAGGGCUCCCACCAUGGAGGAGAAAGAAAGGGAAGACAUCUGGAAACACUACACUGCACAUGCCUUCAUCAUAUUUUCACAUGCUCAAUUGAUGUUUUUUGCUGCUUCCUUGGCCCAGGGAGAAAGCAUGUCAGGACAGAGCUGUUGGACUGGCUUUGAUAGAGUAAUUGGAAUGAUUUAAUUUCACAGCAUCGCUGGGAAUUAAUUUGUGUGCAGUUUCACAGAAGGGUCAGGAGGUAGGAAGUUGAGGCCAGAGAUGACUUCGAUCCAGCAGCAAUUUCCUGUUCUUCCUUCUCUUUGGGCAGAGAUUCUGUUUUUGACAUUUGUGCAAGACAGGUAGGGAAAGUGGACCAGGAUUGUUUUAGGACUAGUGAUAGUGGACCAUGCCUGGGGACCAAAAGAGAAAUCCACUGUAAUUAAAGCAUUGUGACUGGUGAUUGCUCUCAGAUCUCCACAUCACUUCCCUCUCAUCUCACUCGUAAUCUCAGACACAAACAUCACAGGACACCCUGGUAGGGGUGAUGGACACCAGACACAGAAAUGUAAAUGCAGCUCUCUUACCUUUGGAAAACAGGAGUUAGACAUGAGAUUAUUAUGAUUACCAAGAUAGAUGUGAUGGCAUUAAACUGGAAUUGACUGAGCAUUGAGCAUAUCUGUCUAACUUGCUCUGUUUCUGGUGCCUCUUAUCCCACAUCUGCCCUGGACUUUAAAUGAGCCUGAGCCAAAUCACAGGCUGAAUCCACUCCUCUAGCAUUGUCCAAACUUCUUUCCAUGUAUAGGGUCAGAGAUGGCUUAUGUAUUGAAGGGGCAGGUAUGAUGUGAGAUAGAUUAUCUAUCCGGAAUUCAGCAAUUCAUCCAGAAUUCUUGAUCCUUUACUGCUUGCUGUCCACCAUCCCUUCGGUCUCACACACACAAAUGGUAAGCGAUGGCCAGCGGCUUCCCUCCUUGGGUUUUCAUCCACUGCAGCUGCUCAUUUGACAGUUUUGAGAGGAUAGCUUUAGUAAUUUAUGGGACUUUAUUGAUUCUGAUUAUUUUCACUCUAGGGGUUAUUAUGUGGGUGGGGAUGGGGAGCAGGAAUUACACUCUGACAUGACAUUUCAGUUCAUCUCAGCUAAUGAAAAGGGUCUUUCCUGUUGGGAAAAAUCUGUGUGUCAGUUCUGUCAGCUGCAGUUGCUUGUAUAAUGAAGUAUACGCUGUCAGGUCAAGGAAAUAAAAUAAUUGCAUAUCUGAAAACUCCA